AUGGCUUCCACACAGCACGAUUGGCGUAACCCUACUCAUUGUAUUUUCUGCUCUACCUGCAGAAACGUUCGCGUAGACAUCAACCGAGAAGUCCACGCCCUGGCGCAUCAGGAAGCUCAAAUCCAGGCCAAGGCAGUUGGUAACUCGCCACAUCCCGCACCUCUACACCGAUCUCGAGUUAUUAGAAUCCCACGAACGAAGCAAUCCGUAACCAUCCAACUUCUGAAUCUACCACGCCCUGUCGCACCUGACGAGAAUUUGGGCCCUAUCAGAUUGAGAAAGCGAGCCCGUCCUUCUUGGUCAGUGCCUAAUCCAAUCGCGUCACAACUAGUACCUGCCCGAUAUCGUCGUGACGGCCCCGCUUCCGAGCAACGUUCAAUCCGGAACCAGAAUCUCCCCUUCCAUACUCCCGCAUAUAUUAUACCGCUGAGUCCCGAGACUCGACGAUACUUGCAACGAGCAAGCCCCACUGUGAAUGGACGCGUGAGAUCCGCCGCCACUACGCGUGCGUACGCUCCAAUGCCUGGAGCUUGGCCAUCCGAACUGGUCGAGACAGACAGUGCGGAAGUGUCUGCGUAUUAUAACAUGACCUUACCUACUCCCGCCCCACUUGCGACCAAUAUUCGCAAUGCCUUUAAUUAUCUGCGGGACUCAUCCCGUAAUCUCUGCACAACCUUAAGCAGCAAGAUCUUCCGUGCGCGUCAAAGUCCUACAACCCAGACACCUACGAUCCCGACACCAGCUCCUUCUGAAACUCCUUCUGAAGAUGGUAGACAAACUCCGAAGCGCCGUCGACUUGAUCAGGGAGAGAAUGGGCUACUUACCCCAACCGAGCUUGCUGAUGACGCCAUGGACAUCGAUGAUCCUGUCACAACCCUACCUACCGGCUCUACGAGCGAAUUAGAAACAUCACCGUCCAUAUCCCCUGUAGUUUCACCGAAUUCUGCAGCUGCUAGAGCUUCCGCUAGAAGAGCUACGCGACUAUUUCCUAACAAAUUUCCUAACAAAAAGAAACUUGUCUCCUCGACCACUUCACCGAGCGCCUUACCGAGCGACUUCCUCAGUGCUUUACCAAAUCGACACAUCAAUCUCGAUGAUCCUAAUCUUAACGUGGUAACACCACCUCCCUCGCGCCGAGAGAAGAAACCAGUCAUACAAAAACAGGAGGAACAAGUACCUGAGAAGACCUGGGGACCUUUACCUGCUCCGAAAUAUUCGAGCAUCCAAGAGUUCUUCGCGCAUGAUGAUGAGAUAUGCCUACCUGGCUUAGAACGCUUGCAGUUGACACCCAAUGAUACCAAGAUAUACGAAUUAGAUUCCCAACGCGAAGAGCGCGAACGCCUUGAGAGGGAGAAAGCCGAGAAAGAACGUCUAGAACAACUUCGUAUAGAAGAGGAACGUUUGAAUGAGGCAUUACGCCCGCUCGGUUUACGAAGACCGAAGGCACUACUUAUUACUCCGCUUAGCGAUGAAUGGGAUCAGAGAGCUAGAGAUGCACCGAGUAACGGCAGGACAGAGCCGAAUAAAUGGAGGGGAGCACGCCAUCGAGACGGCGUAGAACUUACGGAGCGAGAUUUCCAGAGACUGGUACCUACGGGAUCAUGGCUAAACGAUAACGCCAUCCAAUCAACUCUAGUUCACCUCGCAACCUAUGUUAAUGAUGCAGCUGGUGUCAUUCCUAAACAGGCAGCGCCAAAAUGCGUUGCACUUUCCUCCCAGUACUGGUCCGGCUUCCGAAAUGAUCCUAAAAAUAGCGUUUACGCCCGGGGGUUGGAUCGGACCUGGGGUAUGAAGCCCGCGAAUUUCCUCGAUAUCGAUACAGUACUCAUCCCAGUUAACGAGCACAACCACUGGACUGUCCUGGUCAUUCGACCAUCGCGUCGAACGGUAGCCUAUGUCGACUCGUUCCAUUCAACAGGAACGGGUCACAUUAGGGAGGCUCACAUGUGGAUGCAGUACUUCCUAGGCGACAAAUAUGUUGCCGAUGAGUGGAACACUGAACAAUACAGUGUUCCCACGCAGACAAAUGGAUUUGACUGCGGCAUGUUCGUAAUUACGAACUGCAUUUACCUGUCGCUGGGCAUAGAUCCCAGCGGCUAUUCUCAGAGCGAAAUGCCGCUCCAGAGAAGGAGGAUCGCCGCGAUGCUCCUGAACGGGGGGUUUACCGGCCCGUUCAACCUAUCACACCUAUAA